AUGCGGGCGGAGGAGCCGCUGGCGCUGGCGGCCCCGCGGGCGGGCGGUGGCGGCGAGGCGGAGGCGGAGGCGGCGGGCGAGGAGCGGAGCGGCGGCGGCGGCGGCGGCUGCUGCAGCAGCGAGCGGUUGGUGAUCAACAUCUCGGGGCUCCGGUUCGAGACGCAGCUGCGGACCCUCUCCCUCUUCCCCGACACGCUGCUGGGGGACCCCAGCCGCCGGGUGCGCUACUUCGACCCGCUCCGCAACGAGUACUUCUUCGACCGCAACCGGCCCAGCUUCGACGCCAUCCUCUACUACUACCAGUCCGGGGGGCGGCUCCGCCGGCCGGUCCAUGUGCCCCUCGACAUCUUCCUGGAGGAGAUCCGUUUCUACCAGCUGGGCCAGGAGGCCAUCGAGACCUUCCGGGAGGAUGAGGGCUUCAUUCAGGAGGAGGAGAAGCCCCUGCCCCAGCACCACUUCCAGCGCCAGGUCUGGCUGCUCUUUGAGUACCCCGAGAGCUCCGGGCCGGCGCGAGCCAUCGCUAUCGUCUCCGUGCUGGUCAUCCUCAUCUCCAUUGUCAUCUUCUGCCUAGAGACCCUGCCCGAGUUUCGCCAGGAGCCCAAGGGCACCCAGCCUGGCUUCGGGGAGGCGGCGCUGCCUGGUGAGGAGGCGCUGCUGCUGCCACCGCUGCCACCACCGAGUGGGACUCCGCCACCCCUGCGCCCUGCCAUUGGUGCCGGCCCCUUCUUCACCGACCCCUUCUUCCUCAUCGAGACCCUGUGCAUCAUCUGGUUCUCCUUUGAGCUCCUCGUCCGCUUCUUUGCCUGCCCCAGCAAGCCCGAGUUCUCCCGCAACAUCAUGAACAUCAUUGAUAUCGUGGCCAUCAUCCCCUACUUCAUCACCCUGGGCACCGAGCUGGCACAGCAGCAGCAGCAGAAGCAGCAGCCCGGCAGCAGCAGCAACAAUGGGGGCCAGCAGCAAGCCAUGUCCCUGGCCAUCCUCAGAGUCAUCCGCCUGGUCCGGGUCUUCAGGAUCUUCAAGCUCUCCAGGCACUCCAAGGGGCUGCAGAUCUUGGGGAAGACUCUCCAGGCCAGCAUGAGGGAGCUGGGCCUCCUCAUCUUCUUCCUUUUCAUCGGGGUGAUCCUCUUCUCCAGUGCUGUCUACUUUGCAGAGACUGAUGACCCCGACUCCCUGUUCACCAGCAUCCCUGAUGCUUUUUGGUGGGCGGUGGUGUCCAUGACCACUGUGGGCUACGGGGACAUGUAUCCCAUGACAAUUGGUGGCAAGAUUGUGGGCUCCUUGUGUGCCAUCGCGGGUGUGCUCACCAUCGCCCUGCCUGUCCCUGUCAUCGUGUCCAACUUCAACUACUUCUACCACCGAGAGACUGAUCACGAAGAGCAGUGCCAGUACACCCAUGUCACCUGUGGCCAGCAGCAGUCACCCUUCUCUGAGCCCAAGAAGGGGGACAGUAAUCAGUCUCUCAGCAAAUCUGAAUUCCUGGAAGCAGAAGACCUGGAGUCCAUGAAAUAUUCCAACUUCAUUCCUCCCAACAACCAGGGUUAUAAAGAGAAGAAAAUGCUGACAGAGGUGUGAUCAGAUUUGUUAUCCUGGGUUCAGACACGGAGCUGCAAGUUGCUGCACAGCCGUCUUCCUGCUAGCAGCUGGAUCUAUUCAGCAUUUAAACGCCAGACUGUGAAUUGUGAUACCGUAAACAGAAUGAUUGUGAUAAUGGGCUUUUCUGUCCCGAUUUGUUGUUUCUCAUUACUGUGUGCAGCCAUAAAUGUUCUUGCUUUAGUCGGUGGAGUGCUAGCUGUCAUCCCCCACUCCCUUGUGAAUUUCUUUCUCUUUUUGAAGACUGAUUUAAUCCAAUAUUUGCUCUGAAACCUAUCCUUUCUACUCCACUAGCAGAGAAGCCCUUGCCACUACUUCAGCUGAAGGAUUCAGCAGGGAGUAAACAGUUAAAGGGGCUACAAACAUCUGGCUUAAGCUGUGCCCUUAGUUCCUGCGCCAGCGCAGUGCCCUUGGCUGUGGGAUCAGUCACGCCUGCCAUGCCAUUGCCUUUGAAUAAUGGAAAUGCUGUAGCCAGCAUCACAGUGAGUUCUGAAGCUGUAGGGGAAAGUCAGCAAGCAGAUGCCUGCCUUCUUUGCAACCCUUGGCAUGCUAAAGAUCCUCUUGGUUUGUGUUUCAAAAAAAGGUGCAUAUAUCUAAAAGCUCUUUGCUAUUUGUGACUAUAUAGCGCUUGUCAAAAACAGGCUUAUAGAAAUCAACAGGCUUGGUGAAGAUUCUGUGUUUUGAGCUUAUUUCAGCCUUAUUUAUGCCAGUGCCCUGAUGUUAAUUGGCUUUUACAGUACCAACUUAAUCUCCAUAGUGGUAAGUGCCUUCUGAUGCAAGGCACAUUUGAGUAAAUUCAUUUGUUGUCUCCACAGUUUAUCUCAGCACAAUAGCGUUUAAUGAGAUGUACUUUAUGCUUCAGAUACCCAGUUCUGUAUUCAGGCAUGUGAGAGCAAAUGACUCCACUGCGUUUUUAUUGAAGCAUUUGUAUAGCUGAUGGGAGUUUGCACGCUGGUAUUUUGUUGACAUUGCUGAAAAAUCCUGACCACAGACGACUGCACUUGUACUGUCUGAAGAUUGCACUGAUUUAGCAGGUCACAGGCAUAAAUUGCCCCAGGGUAAGUGUGUCAGCAUUUGAGAUUUAGACUGGCAUGGAUACAAACUUCCCUAAGCCAUCUGCACAAACCCAACAGCAUAUCCCAGACCUUUCAAGGGAGGGGAGAAACAGCUAGCCUUGAAGAGAUGCUUUUGCCAAGGGACCAGAGAUUUGCAUCUUAAAACGCACAUUUUGCUUCCCAGAUAAUUUAAUUUUUUUUAAUCAGCUCUGCCUUACAUCUGACUUUAAAACGUUUCAAAUGCUGCCAGUGGAUGAGAAGGAGAAAUGGAUGCUUUCAGAUUCUAUUGGUAAAUUUUCCUACAAGGAAGAGUCUGUCUUGUAUUAAAUCUAAGUGUAUAUUCUGCAUUCACAUGUGUGCAUGUGUAUGAAAGCAAAGGCAGUCAUUAAUGCCUUGCAUCAUACUGUAUGAUAUGCAUAUUAGAAUGUACUACAUAUUGCAUGUGACACAUGUAAUACAUAAACCAGACAUAAUAUCAAGACGCAAAAUAUAUAGAAUACAUAUUAUGUAUAUGUAUAUACUAUGCUUUUGGACCAUAAAGCUAAAAAUGCUAAAGGCAUAUACUUUAAUAUAGUCGGAGCCGGCUGUAGAACUGGUUGUGAGAUGGGAUCUGUUUGCAUCUUCAUUACCCUGUUUGUGUUUCAUUGUCUUGAGAUCUGGCUCCGUGCCUAGAGUGCUUUUAUUGUGGCCUCUCCUCAUCUGGGCCCUGGUCAUAUGGUAGAAGCUGUUUGUGUAAAUCCUAACUGCUGCCUCUCUCCAGAGUCCCGUUGUCUUCUCAAAGGUUUUUAAUGUGCAGGGUCAGUGCACAACCAUCAUAUUUAAAACCUCUGUUCUCUCUCACUGAAGUUGCUAGCAAAAUGCCCCUUGUCUCAGUGACUGCAGGUCAGUCUGGGAGGCACAGGUGGGAUGUGGUGAGGGCUCUAUAGCUGAGAGGAGUUUGCCUGAAUGCGUAGGAGCCUCAUCCUCCUUUGGUUCGUCGGGACUGAGGCAACUGCCUGUGCAGGUCUGGGCCUUGGGAGCCGUUCUACAUCCCUCGAAGCACGUAACCAGCUGGUGGGUAAGUAAUCCUGGUGACUGAGCGGGACCAAGGAGGGAUCAGCACGGUGGCAUCUCUGUUGAUUUGUGUAAAAAGUUGUCUUGGUCAUUGAGUUAAUUCACUAAAAAGCUGUUUUUGUUCUUAGGUGUGUUUCAGGGUCACUAUAAUGGAGUCUUUUCUGUGAGUGCAAGAGGGUGACUCUUCUUCCAAUUUUGUGUUGUUCUAGCAGAUGUACUAGAAACUAGCAAGAGAACCUGCUGUUUAAGAGGGAUGUUUCAAGGCUGCUGCUGUCUCUUAGCAGAAUGCCCAUGUAUGGGGUUAUUUUAUGCCUGACUAUAUCAGCUGAUGAAAGUUUCCCCAAAGUAAGAUAUAAAAAACUCAGGUUAAGCACAAGUUCAGGAGGAGGCAUGAGGCACACUGAGCCUACGUCAGAAAAUUCCCGUGAUUGUUUCUUCCCUUGGGCCUGACCCCAUUGCUCCUGCCAGGCAGGAGCCUUCCCUUCUUAGAACAGGUUGUUCUCCCGACCAGCAUGACCGACGGCUGGGCAUGGAGAGUCCAGCAAAAAAAAAACCCAAAGCUGUGAGAGAAAUUACUGGUAGCAUAAUCUCAGCAUGUCUUGUAAAGAUGCUCUCGUGAAGAGAUUUCCUGCUCUCAGGUGAAAUCCAGCAGUGAGUUUCUAGCUUGAGUGUUGUCUGCACGCUGACAUGUGCACGCAUGCUCAUGCAUACACAAAACACCCGUCUGAAGGAGCUUUGCUGCAAACAGACAGCUUUGUACAGUUUUUGCAAGUCACAUUUUUCAGUUCUGAAAAGAAAAUGCAAAUGGAAAUGUGUAAAACACGAGUGGUGUUUGCUCCCUGCAUUUUCUGUGUUAGAGCGAAGAGAAAUAUAAAAAGCCAACAGAAACUUGGAAGCUGUAACCUAGGGACUUAGGUUUAGGCGUGUAAAUCCCUCCCUAAGCAUCUCCUGAAAAGCAACGCGGUGACAUCCCAGAGUCAUCAAUACUAUAUCUUAUAGAACUUCUGGAAUUUGACUUUUUUUAUUAAGGAGCCUUCAGAAUUUUUUUAAGUGACUGAAGUGACAUAGCGGUACCCGUGCCAUUGACUUUACAGAGGACUCCUGUCGCCAAAUCAUGGAGAUGAUUUCAAAAAUCUUACCUCGGGUUCUUGGCUCUUAGCACUUGCUCCUGGAUGUUCGAAAUACAAAUCUGUCUGUCUAGCUAUUGCCUUCUGAAGGCAGAGCACAUCCUCGUGAAGCAAAGUAGGCACCUCCAGGGACUUGUUUCCAUAACAACCUCCCAGACUGUUUCUCUCUGCCCUGUGACUUUGGCUACAAGCAAAAGCACUCGUUGAAUGUUUUCAGUUCUCGGAUAUUAGUACCUUAUCUUUACAGCUGGUUUCUUUCCUUACCGAAGACGACCCUGUCUUGGGUACAUGUACAACUGUCUGCCCAACUCCAGACAGCCAGUUACCAUUAUUUGAAAGCAAGUGAGUGCAAACCGGGAGGUGGGAAGGGAUUUUACCUGUAUAUCCUUGCACACAGAGAGGUGGGAAGUGUGUGAAGGACAAUCUGAGCACUCGGUCAAGGAGCUGAGGGGCAACUGGCCUGUGAAUGAGAGUCAUCUAGGAGCCCAGUGACAAGGAACACAAGCUAAAGCAGCACAUUAAAAAAACAAAAAAAAAAAAAAACAAAAAACCAGAACCUCCUCUUUCAGCUAUCUCACUAGAAAAUAAUUUUGCUCCUGCUCUUUGCUAUUGCUAGUGUUUAGAAGAGACUAUUCCUCCUUCCUGAAUCCUUGCCUGUUCCGUGACAAUCAGUUCCCCACAUAAUGUUCCCACAGGAUCUUUUGCACCAAAGCAGGACAGGGCAGAAAUCAUCUUGUUGGAGGUGGGGAAGGAAUGAACGGAAGAAUUUUUCUGAGGACAUGUUUUUUAAUCUGCAACUCAUCAAUCACAGAAAAGACUGUAAGCGUGGAAGGCAUGAAGAGCUGUUUUGUGAUAUUUCAAAGUCUACAUUACUGGUGGAUUCCUGCAUUUACCUCCAAGAUGAAAUCCCUAUUCUGUUCCUGCUUAGAAAAUGUUGCAAUUUGGGAUUUCUAAGCGUUUUUUUUUUGGUUUGGCCCUGUUCCUUUUGAUUCAGCUUUCAUGGAUAAAAAUUCACUGCUACAGCAGCUGUGGAGGUGAAGGUGACUGGAUUUGGUGUCCUCCUCUAGGCCCUCUCAUUCAGCGUAGAGAGAUCCCUAUGGAGAUAAAGAAGAAUGAGCAUAAAGGAAAUUCAGGGCAGCAAGAGACAGGGUAAGGACUGAAGUGUCUUCCAUAUUGUGAUGGAAAGAACAGCAUCAACCCUAAAAGCAAAGGAAAAAACAGUUCCAGUGUCUGCUGCUAUAGCAGAAAUAGGUCCUGUUUACACCAGGGAAAGAUCUGCAGAUUACAGCAGGAGUUAACCACGGCUUUCCCAAAAGCUCUCAUCUGACUUGAGUCCAAGCUGGAUUCUGGAUGCUGCAAGGGUGCGAUGUCCGGAUGCUUCAAGAGGUUGUUGCAUCUUCUUGCUGUAGAGUUGGUGAAGUUUCCCUGGGUGCAGGGAAUACAACAUUUAUGGACAGAAAACUGGUUUCCUUGCUUUGUGGUUUUCUUGUUGCUGUUGUUUUUUAAAAAAGGGUUAAAACUCUUAUGUCCAGGAAACUGAAACUAGAUGUGAACAGGGGUUGGAGGGAGGAGGCAGGGAGAAUCCCAUUAAGAGUCAAAAGUGUUUCAUUUCUGGGAAAACUAAAUAAAGCAGGAUUCAAUUGCCAGUGGCUAAAGAGCAGCAGUUUAUGAGCUGAAAAGCCCCAGACAAGCAUCGAGUCCUGUGGGAAGCUGCAAAUUGACACAGGGCACCUCCAAAAGACUCUGUUGUUAAAACUUAUUUUAAACCUUUUUUUCAAGUGGAGUAUCAAGUCCUGGCAAAUGCGUAAGGUCAGCCCUUAGAAGAGAGAGAAUCAAACAGAUGGCCAAGGUCUGUCCAUUUGUCUGCCUGUCUUUUGGCCUUGGAUUACUGUGCUAUUCAAAACUCUGUUUUCAUAACUCAGAUAAAUGGUAGAUGUUUCACAUAGCUCUACAAGUACUAAUCAUCCUGUUCAUGCAUAAUAUCUGAUAUCUAAGGGGUGGGCCCAAACUAGGGAUAAUUCUCAUUUACCUAUGAAGUGUCUUGCUUUAGCGUACACACAGUCAAUUCUUGUUGUGAACAUGAGUCCAUUGCCUGCUCUAAAGGAGGUAGUGACUUAGUUUCAGUGGCUGUAGAGCGUCUCACUGAAAUAGCACUGUUCGUAGUCUUUCAUGUGUUUUAGAAGGCACAAUAGCCAGACAGUUUUGAAAAUGUAAUAUAAUUGUAUGCAGUGUUCUCAGAAAAUGCUCUGAAGUCUUCUCCCAUUACACCGUUGUGAUAAAAAACUUGCUUUUCAAGCUCCACAAGUCCAUGCUGUGCUGGAACUGAUAGAAGACCCAAUUAGCACUGAAAAGCGAAGGGCAGAGAGGGAUGCUCUGGCCUGGAAUCCCCUCCCUUUGGCAGCAGCAAAGGUCAGUCACACAGCCAAAUGUCCAUAACCAAAGGUGGAUCCACCCUGAGUGUGUUGCCAGAUCUCUGCAUAGGAGAGUGGGUAGAAAGAAUUGAUUCUGGGAGGGGAGAGAUGGAGAGGAAGAGUGAAGUGAAGGAUACCCUGAGUAUGACUAGGAUUUUCAGAAGGUACUCUUACGGAUGCUGGGCAUCCAGCUUCCCUAGGACUUUAGCAAUAACACCCUCUACAUUUUCAUGAGUGACUUUUAGCCUGUCUAGCAGCCCUCACAGCCAACACAUGAGGGAAAAGACGAAGAAGGCAGCUCACUCUAAUUUUGCAGCUCUUGGCACCUGUAACAGGCUAGGACUGUGAUACCUCCUCAUGGCUGCUGGCAGAGGGUCUGAUCCUCUGAUGAGCUGUGACUUCCUGACUACUUGUGACUCAAACAGGAUUAUAAGACUGGGCUUAAAGAAACCCCGAGGCGCCAGCUCCAAAGAUGCUUUUGGAGUAGGUCUGCUCAGUAGUCCUCAGCGUGGAUGUGAGCCCACAGUUCUUAGGAGACAGCAUUCACUCCAUGGUCAUAACAAUACAGAGACCUACUCUACAUCUUAGUGCAGGCCAGCUUGCAGCGUGGGACUUCUCUGAGUCACUGUGCAUCCUGAUCUGUGUGGCAAGGCAGUGUGGCUGACCAUGAGUGUGGCUGACCCUUCUUGCAAGGGCAGUUGUCUUCAGAGUCAGCCUAAGUGCAGGCUGCCUUUAGAAAGGUGGGAAUAUGCUGCAGAAGUAAGUCUAUGGAUACCUUUCAGAUACACAGUAUGCAGAUCAGAGACUUCAGACCACACUGUGUGCCCUCACAGACAGCAGGGAUGUUAGUUACAGGAUCACUCUGCUUUUGCUGUGAAACCUUGCUGUGAUACAUUAUUUCAAGGAUGGCAGUUGGGAUUUUCAGGCCAGAUCAUCUGGUGAGAUAAGUAAUUCCAGCUCCCUUAUUGGAGCUAGGCUGAUUUUUUACAAGUCUGGUCCAACAUUUCUGAUAAAUUGUCAAUGGUAGGGUUUUUUGUUUAUUUGUCGCACUGGAAACCUGAGGGCUUUCAAAUAAAGUCCAUGAGGUAAACAGAAUUUUUAGAUGGAGCCUGCACUUCAGGCUGUUUGCUGUAUUCAGACUUUGAGAAUACAAGUUCUUUGCAGAGAAUCCCACACACGGUGGGAGGAGAGUUUACUGGUCUUGAAAGUUGACCAAGGAAGUGGGACUCAACUGAGCUUGGAACAGCAAUCAUUGUCCUUUUUGGUGAUGCCAUAAUAGUGCUUGACUCAAAUCCAACAUUGCACAGGCCAGAACUUGAUGAAACCAUGUAACUAGAUAUUUGUGAUUGUUCCUACCAGUGUCAUCCACUGUUCAGUAGGCUAGACAUAUGAAUAAAAUCAGUAUUUUUCAAA